ACUUUUUGAAUCGAUCGAUUCGAGUAUCGAAUAGAUCGAACGCAAGCAUUUGCGUCAUAAUUCAGAUGUUAUAUGCAUAGUAGCAGUAUAAAUAUUUGUUAACUCAUUGAUCGUUAUAUACAAUUGGAGCUUCUUUGAAAUAAUAAUUCAAGCUUUUACUUACGGAUAAUAAUAUUUAUACGGAACUAUUCAUUAUGGAUAAUACUGAGAAAGAAGAUAAAAAGUAUGGUUUAAUUAUAUCUAAAAAACAACUUUCUACACCCAAAGCAACAAAUGUAUUUGGGGACGAUGAUUCUUCCGAUGAAAAUGAUGGCACCGAUUGGGUUAGAAAAGCUCUCAAAGCAGAAAGUGAAAAAAAUAAAAUAAAAAAGCAAACCAAGCUUAGCAUGCAAAAGGCAUUAAAAGAAGAUCCAACUAUUUAUCAGUAUGAUGAAGUAUACGAUGACAUAGGAGCGAAAAACCAAGUUAAGACAGUUAAAGUUCAAGAAAGGAAACCAAAAUAUGUACACAAUUUUUUAAAGGCUGCAGAACGAAGAAAAAAAGAACAAGAACAUAGAAUAGAGAGGAUGGUACAAAAAGAAAGAGAGGCUGAAGGAACAAUGUAUGCGGAUAAAGAAAGUUUUGUAACAUCUGCAUAUAGAGCUAAAUUAGAAGAAUUCAAGAAAAUGGAAGAAGAAGAGGCUAAUAUGAGUAGAUUAGAAAGUAUUGGCGAUGUUACAAAACAACAAGAUAUGUCUGGAUUUUAUAGGCAUUUAUAUAAACAAACCAUUGAUAGUACAGAAGAAGUUGAAAAAAUUUCAGAAAAGAAUGGAAGUGAUGAUGUUACUUUAGAAGCAAAAAAUAUUAUUAAUGAUGAAUCUACCACAGGGACAAAUGAGAAAAGCGAUGAAAAAUGUAAUGUUAAAAAAAGUAAAAAAAGUAGACAGUAUAGACAAAGGGUCAUUGAAACAUAUGAAAGUGAUAAUGAAUCCAAAAUAGAGCCUGAAACUUGUAAUACAAAUAAAAGUAUUAUUAAUACAGAAGAUAAAAGUAUCGAUAUCUCUGAUAUUAAGGAACCAGAUAAAAAGAAACAAAAAUGUGAAAUACAAGAUAGUCAAUCUGAUUCUUUAUCUGAUCCGAUACUUUCAGGUGAAAAUAAAGAUAAUAUAAAAGAUCUUAAAAAUAUAUCACAAAAAGUUGAUGAUAAAAAGAUUGAUGAUAAAGAAAAUCAAGAGAAUCAAGUUGAAAUAGUUAAAAAAAAAGAGAGAUCUUCAAUUUGGUUAAAAAGAACAGUUGGUCCUGUAUUUGAAGCAGCUUUACAACGAUAUUAUGCUAGAAAAGCUCUACGAAAUGCAGGAGCACAAUAAGACGUUGUUAUGCUGAAUUUUAUAAAAAUUUAUGUAUAUGUAUAUACAUUUUUUUUCUUGUAAAUAUUUUUAUUAAUAGAUUUAUA